CUUCCUGUUGUGCUCCGCUCGCGCCCCCUCAGCCCCAGCGGCCGUCGGGGAGGCGGCGGCUAUAUGGCACAGCUGGUUACACACUGAGAGCCCAUCAAUGGACUUGGAAGCUAAAGAUGAAGAGGAAGAGAGUCUGCAAACAGCUUUCAAAAAGCUGAGGGUGGAUGCAGUAGGAUGUAUUUCAGCUCUGCCUGUGGGCGAUGGGACGCUCAGAACAGCCAUGGAUGGAGCCAAGCCACAGACUGCCAGCUCAAAGGACACCUGGCAUGGGUGUGUGAGGAAGCCUUCCAGAGGGGCAGCGAGGGUCCCGCGCCGCAGACGCUCCAAAUCUCCCGUCCUGCAUCCCCCCAAGUUCACCUACUGCAGUAUGAAAGCCAACAGCCAGCUGAAACACAAACCCCAGGCAGACACAUCGAAGGGCAGUCUCAGUGCAGACGUUUUUGUCACAGCAGAACACGGUACCAAGGACAGGCACGAUUCUCACUUUGAGGCCAGUGACGACAGAACUGAACCUUCGGAUGCUUUCACCGCCGAAGAGCCUUUGGAGAAGUCAAGAGAGAAUUUCCCUGCUGUCUCCUCGUCCUUUGAAACCAGCUUGCAUUCGAGCCAAACCUCUGACUUCCAGUCCUUAUCCAUGCUGAGCAGUGGCAAGCAGUGCCCUUGUACGAACAAGAAGUGCCAGUGCAAGCAGUGGAGAACCAUGGAAGUGUAUUCCUUCUCCGGGCUACGGAGCGUCCUGUCGGAGUGUGAGAAGGCAGUGCUGGGAGUCCAUGCCCAGUCUCUUCAGCACAGAUCCCCCUGUGGGACAGCCUCGUCAGGUUCUCCUAGAUCUUGUUCUGAGCAAGCUCGAGCCUUUGUAGAUGAUGUGACUAUUGAAGAUCUUUCUGGAUAUAUGGAAUACUACUUAUAUAUUCCCAAGAAAAUGUCUCACAUGGCAGAAAUGAUGUAUACUUGACUGAAAGCAAUAGAGAAUCCCAAAUCAGAGUUUGUGAUAAUGGUUGGGUUAAAUGCCUUGUCAGUGCCAUGUUUUCACUGUUGCGUGUUUGAUCAAAUGUUCUUUGCCUCACACAGUUUAGUUUUCUAAUAAAAUGAAAAAUUGGAAUAUAGUUUCUGAGCUUAGUUCUAAAAAGAAUGCACUAAAUCUCUGAGUACCUUAACAAAAGCACUGUAGAACAAACAAACUCCCUUUGUUUCUUGGUUUGUGCUGUGGAUAUUCAAGCUCUAUAUGCUGUUUUCACUAUGUUUGGGGGCAGGGGGGGAAAAUAAAGCCUUUUAGGUUGUGUUCUGAAAUUUUGCAGUGUUUGGAAGGUUCAUUCUUCUAGCGUGUCCCAGCACUUAGAGAAAUGUUUCAUAGCUACAGCUGUAUCCUCAUCUCUCUCUAGAAAGAAGACUGGGAAGACAUUCAGCAUUUUGGAUGAGGUGGAGCUCUGUUCCUUGAACACUACCUGGCUCCUUUUCAGUUGGAUCCAAUUGUGAGUGCUUCCUCCUCACAGCUUUGUAGGGAGGUGCAGAAUGUGCAGGGUGUGUGCUUGAACCCUUUCAUAAGCUAACUAGCUCACUCUUAAGCAGUUCUAUUUUUCUGCAGAUAAGUGAAGCUCUUAAAAGCAAAAAUAUAUUUUGGUAUUUGUGCUGUACAGAGGGAAUAAAUCAGGGGGAGUGAAGCAAGCUAACUUUGUAUUUUGGCCCAUGCUGUCUUAGAAGUGGAGAUGCUGGAGCCAUCUCUACAGAUUUUUUCUGAAUGUAUUUGAUACACAAAGCAGUAUGGAAAUAGUGUAAACCAGAGGUGUGUAUCAUAGAGACUCUGUGGUGUAGAGCUAUAAUAUUCCCUCUAAUUGAAAAUAUGGAAAUAAAAGAAUUCUGUUGCUGAGACUUGCAUUAAUAAACAUUUGUCAAAACCCA